AUGGCAAACGAGCAGAUGCAAACCAAGCGGGAGCCGGAGAGGAAGCGGCGGCGCAACAAAGAGAUCAACACUUGCGAGGGGCCAAAUCUGAUCAGCCGCCUCCCGGAUGACGUCCUCGGCGCCAUAGUCACCCUCCUCAUACCGGACGAAGGCGCCCGCACCACCAUCCUCUCCCGCCGUUGGCGCUACGUGUGGCGCUUCGCGCCGCUCAAUCUAGUCGACAGCCUCAAGUCUGUCGACUUCUCCCAUCAACGCAUCCAGGUCCUUUCCCAGAUCCUUGCAACUCACCCAAGCCCCGCCCGCCGCCUCGCCACCAGAUCCCUUGACCUCGGCCGCAACAUCAGCCUCUAUGACCAUUGGAAGGAGCUGGAGGAAUUAGUCGUCGAGGAUGCUGCGAGCUUGGAGCGGCUGCUGCUGCAUGAGCUGGACAAUGGUAUGUCCGUAAGGACAAUCGGCGCAACAAAACUCAAGAUGAUAGGCUACCUUGCAACUGGUUUCCCCAUUUUUGCGCUCAACAACUCAAAUUUAAAGAGCAUGGUUCCUGUCAGCUUGGUGGAGCAGUUCUCCACUGUCGAGAUCUUGGCAUUACACAUGCCUGAUUUGCCAAAGUUGAAGGUUGUCAUAGCAUAUUUAAGAUGCUUUCCUUGCUUGGAGAAGCUCAAGAUCAAGGGACUCGGCUGCAUGAAGGGAGGAUCUUCUAUGGAUAAGGAUGAAGACUCCAGCUAG